AUGGGAAAACAACCCGAUACCAAUGAUUUGGACUUUGGCCUAACCCCCUCGGCGGGGCCGGGAUCAACCGCCCGCACACAGGCACAGCCUUCGCCUCCGGCUCCGACAAAGACGGAUUUGGGUUGGACACUCUUCAUGAUCUAUUCCUGCAGCUUCUUGGAGGGUGCAGAUGUUCAGCUUCUUCCGGCAUCUUACCGGGCAAUUGAAGCAGAUCUCGGUCUUUCGCCGAGCACCUUAGCGGCUGCAAACCUCUUCCAGGGUAUUACCUUGGCAGGCUUCUCAGUCUUUUGGGGCGUGCUCUCCGACAAUGGCAUCCUCGCUCCCCAUCAAAUUCUCUUCGGAGGCUGCACGACGUGGGGCAUCUUGACCCUCCUCACAGCAGUCAUUAAGGACACAAGCUGGAUUUUGAUCAUCAGACUUUUCAAUGGCAUUGCUCUUGCAACUCUUUCUCCUACGACACAGGCACUGAUUGCGAACAUCGCGCCGCCCCAGGAGCGAGGGCGCUACUUCUGUUGGCUAGGCUUCAUGCUCGGCUUCGGCGCCAUGGUCACAGCGAUCAUGACAACAGCGAUUUCCAACAUGGUGAUCUGGCCUGGUAUCAAAGGGUGGCGCUUCUCCUUCGGCAUCAUUGGGGUGGCAAGUAUCAUUCUCGGGCAGUUCGUAAAACGCUAUGCAGUGCUCCCCGCAGACCUGGCUCAGUGGGAGGAGAAGAUUGAGAAGGAGAAGCACGAACCAGAAACCCCGGGCGGCGAGCCCUUGAGCCUCUCCAAUGAAUUGAAGACGAUGCUGCGCUUCUUCGAGGUGUGGUCCUUUGCCGUCAUCGUCCUCCAGGGCAGCUUCGGAUGCAUCCCCUGGUCUGCCAUGGCAUUCGGGACAAUGUUCCUGCAGUACAGUGGCGUUUCCGACCUCACAGCAGGGUGCAUCUCCAGCAUGAUGCUCUUGUGCUCGUCCUUUGGAGUGUUGAUUGGUGGGUAUGUUGGAGACCAUAUGAACAGGUGGAGCCGAUUUCAUGGCCGGCCCUUUACGGCUCAGAUUGCCACAGGGGUCGCGGUUCCGACAGCGAUCGUCUUCUACUCAUUGUUGCCACGCAGUCCUGACAGCGUGGGAAAGUGGUUCCUGCUGGUGACCAUCUUUGGCCUGGUCUGCACUUGGUCUGAGUUCGGCGUGAACCGACCAAUUUUGACAGAGGUGGUGUCAGUGAAGCAUCGUGCCAGGAUUCUUGGAGUCAUGUGCGCCAUUGCUGGCUCUGCGGGAGCAAUGGGUGGGCCCUUAGUCGCCCUGAUCUCGGAGCAGUGGUUUGGGUACAAGACACAGCGCGUCCCAAUCAGCCAGGUGCCCGAGGACAUCCGCCUGCACAAUGUGAACGCAUUGGGACUCGGGCUUACCGUGAUGUGUGCCGUGCCCUGGACUAUUUGUUUCCUUUGCUAUGGUGCGUUACAUUGGACCUAUGAAGCUGAUCUGUCAAAACUGCAUCGCUUCGAUGUGCAGACACCAUUGAACUCAAAGAAAGCUACACAAGCUCCAAACCCUCCACCGCAGCAGUUCGGACAGUAUGGCCAGAUGUACGGACAGCCUCACCAGGCUGUUGGAGGCCCGUAUGGUCAGCCACCGGUCAACCAGGGCUUCGGCCAGCCGGGUGCGUACGGUGCAUACAGUCAGCACACACUGCAAGCACAGCAAGCACGCGGAACUGGCGGAGCCUACCCCAGCCAGCAGCCGGCCUAUGGCCAGCAGCCAUCCUAUGCUCAGCCAGCGCCCUACGGCCAACAGCCGGCUUACGCAUCUUACGGCCAGCAGCAGGUGUAUGGGCAGCAGCCGGCAUAUGGCCAUGGCGGCCAGAUGUAUGGUCAGCAAGCACAGUACCAGGCACAAGGCUAUGCAGGGCAGAGCGGGCAGAGCGGGCAGACCUAUGCCCAGACUCAGCCUGAGCAGGUGCAGAGAUCUGCUGCAGAACAGCUGGAGGCGCUCCGGCAGUCGUUCGGCAGUCUCGGCACAUCGCCCUCAGCCACCUUGACAACAUCUCCCCCACCUCUGGCCGAUGCGUGCGCUUCCAAUCCGCUAUUUGUGAAGCUGCAUAACGCGCUGCAGAAGCUCGCUUUACUGGAACAAGACCCAGUCGAGGCGUCCUAUCAGAUUCAUGAGGCGUGGGAAGAGAACCCAUCCUUAUUUGAUGCUUGCCCGGCCGGAGUAGUGACGGCAUUGGUGUAUUUGUCCAUAGCGCAGGACCGCGACUGGAAAUACAGGCUUCUGCACCGUGCUACCUACAUGUUGUACGCGACUCCGGGGCUCAUGUCCAAAAUGGAGUCCGGCCGCUGGCCAAUGUCAGACAGGCUGAUUAGAACCAUGUACCACAACUCCGAAGUUCUGGGCAAGCAGCCCAUGAAACUUGCCGAAGUUGAGGUGCAGCCUGGGCAAACCGCAGCCUCCCAGGCAGGUGGUGCUGGCAUGGGUGAGGCCGUUGACCUGUCGAUGAGGCAUCGGGACUCUGUAGCCGUCCAUUUUAGAACCGUCCUGUUCUACCACUUCUACCAUCAGGAGCGAUCGCCAUGUGCAUGCCGAACACGCUCCUGGUGUCUACCGUUCUGGACAAGGUAUGUUACCAACAGUUCUGUAGAUGUGUGGCUUGCGGCCCGUGAUGAGCAGAAGACGCUUUAUCGGAUGGAUCGAAGCGGCUGCCUACGUAACUCUGGGCACAGUUUGUCAUCGAACUACUUCGCGGAGCCAAUUGAUCUGAUGUUUGUCUUCGAAAUCAAUGCCUUGAUGCAUCCUAUGACGCGGGUGAUGCCUGCGCGCCGGGUUCUGCUGUACCCGACGUAUGACCUGUCGGAUGAUCAAAUUGCAAACUUUGAGGACCUUGGUGUGUCGGUGCUACCGGAUGAUGCUGUCCUGAAGCCACCAAACCCAGCCUUCAGAAAGACACUGGAUGAGGCCAUCAUGCAGAGACAGCGCAGGCUUCAGAGACCCAAGGACAAGCUGCUAAUCUUCCCAGCAGACAUCCGGCCGAUCAAGGGUCAGCUGGACUUCUUGUCCGGGCUGCUCUUUGAAGGGGCCAGGAGACCAUCGGCUGUCCAGCGCUUGCGAGGCCUGACCAUCGUCGUAGCUGGUGGCUGUGAUGGCAAUCAAACUUAUUGCAACGAGGUGGUGACGUUGACACAGAAGAUCAACGCAGAGAAGCUGCUGAACGUUGUCGUGGCUGACCAACUCAAGGACGAAGAGUUGGCACAGCUAUUCACAGCUGCUCUGGGAAUAGUGAUGCAUUCGGUCAUCGAUUGCAAUCCUCGAGUGAUAUACGAGGGGCUGGUCACCGACACCCCCUUCUACGUCACAGAGGCCACUCGCUUGCCACCUUUGGUCCAACACCUUGGCCACGUCACGGACGGAGACCCUGCAAUGGUUGCGGAGCGGUUGGCAGACUUUGUGGAGCUCAGUGAGGCUGGCGGCUUUACAGGCCGCCCACGGGAGUUUGCGCGAAGGCACCUCACCGAGGCUGACAUCUACAGGAAGAUGAUAGAGUGGAUGGAUCAGAAGUACUUAAGUGGCAAAGAGUCUCAACCUGUCAUCCGUGGAGAGGAAGCUCUCGACAGCUUCGGGGGCGGUCUGGGCAACAUCCUGGGAGGCUCAGGCCUCGGAGGCCUCGGAGGCCUUGCAGGCCUGGGUGGCAUCGGAGCAGCUGGCGGAGCUGGCGCUGCUGGUGCCGCUGGUGCCGCUGGAGCCAUGGGAGGCAAAGCAUUCGGAGGAGGUGCAGCAAGUGCAGUUCCAGCCGGUGCGGGCUUCUCCAUUCGGGAGCCAGUGCGGCGGUAG